AUGUCAAUGGACAUUCAGGCAAUAUGUUCAUCAGUGUUCUCCAAAGUACCCCAAGUUGGUAAGCACUCACCUCAAGAACUGGUAACUAACAUGCUCAUGUUGGAGUUGGGCUCUUAGGUGAAGCGCACUGAGCGCCUCCGCCAGGAGAGGGUAAUGGAGAACCACAGGCGCAGCUCCUCUGUGGAUUACAGCUGGCUGACUGCAUCAUCACAGAAGUCCUCCUAUGAAAUUCCACCUGGUGAGAUGCUGGAGCUCCAGGACCUGUGUGCUAAGAUCCCUCCCUCCCAAUGCUGACCCCUCAUUCUCAGACUGAGGAAAGUGGUGACAGAGCUAGAGCCAGACAUGACUGAGGUGUCUGGCCUGUUCCGUACUGUUCUGUGCAACUACCUGGACGAGGAGGAGGAGGGGGCAGCCAGGGAGAGAGCACUAAAUGCCCGGGCCAGCUGCUGGACUGAAAACCACAGUAAGAGCAUGUUUAUCAUUAAUUUGCGCUCAUGGCUUGCGGCCAUGGAACCGCUCUGGAACAAAGUCACAGUGGAACGGAUUGGUGAGAACCUGCCAGAGGAUGAUGAUGAUAAUAUCCACAGGAACAGGAGGAUUAAAAGCAUGCCUGAUAUUACUGUAGUGGAAGAAAGAGCUGAAACCUAAAAAGGAUGGAAUAAUAUUUGGAGGCCCAGUUGACACAAGAAACUCUUAGAAUACUGACAACUAACUGGUUUUUGGACCUUAAACUGACUAUUUUAUAGCACUGCUUGUUGGCCGCACAACAAACUAUGUGCAGAAGAAAGCUUUACUAGAAUUAUUCCACAAAUAUAUUUUUCUUGAUUCAAGUAUUAUUUUAAAAUUUUUAUAGCAUAGACUUGCUGAUCCAUGUAGACGUCCCUUAAAGGGAUAGUUCACCCAAAAAUAAAAAUUCUCUCAUAAUUUAUUUAACCUCAUGCUAUCCCAGAUGUGUAUGACUUUCUUUCUUCUGCAAAACACAAACAAAUAUAUAUAUAUAUAUAUUAUUUUCCCCUUUUUCACCCAAUUUGGAAUGCCCAAUUCCUAGUGUGCUUUUAAGUCCUUGUGGUGGCGUAGUGAUUCGCCUCAAUCUGGGUGGCGGAGGAUGAAUCCCAGUUGCCUCCACGUCUGAGACCAUCAACCCGCGCAUCUUAUCACGUGGCUUGUUGAGCGCGUUGCCACGGAGACAUAGCGCGUGUGGAGGCUUCACGCCAUCCACCGUGGCAUCCGCUCUCAACUCACCAUGCGCCCCACCGAGAACGAACCACAUUAUAGCGACCACGAGGAGGUUACCCCAUGUGACUCUACCCACCCUAGCAACCGGGGGCCAAUUUGGUUGCUUAGGAGACCUGGCUGGAGUCACUCAGCACAAACAAAUCUUUUUUUAAAGAAUACCAUAGCUCUGUUGAUCCUGUGAAUCAACAGAGCUGACAAGUGUCUGACAAGAAGUCCAUAAAAGACAUAAUGGCAUUAUUAAAGUAAUCCAGAAGACACCAGUGGUUAAAUUCAUGUCUUCAAAAUGUAUAUGAUCGGUGUGGGAGUGAAACAUCAAUAUUUAAGUCUUUUUUUUUAUUUAUUCUAUAAAUCUACACUUUCACUUCCACAAUCAGCCACCUACUGGUUGUUGCAAGUUGGAGAUUGAUAGUAAUAAAGGACUUAAAUAUUGAUCUGUUUCUCACCCACAUCAGGUGAGAUCUCACCUUGCAUCAGAAAACAUUUUAUGCUGCUUUAUGUCCUUUUUGGACCUUCUGAGUUCUGGUCACCAUUCACUUGCAUUGUGAGGACCUACUGCUGAGAUAUUCUUCUAAAAAUAUUUGUGUUCAGCAGAAGAAAGUCAUACACAUCUGAGAUGGCAUGAGGGUGAUUAAAUAAUGAGAGAAUUUUCAUUUUGGGGUGAACUAUCCCUUUAAAACAAAUGUGGGAUAUAUAUUAAAUGCAAUUUAACUUUAUACUUUUGGAGCACCACUUUUGAUCUGCAAGUACUCUUAAAAAAAUCCACUUUAUUCUAUAUUACAUAAAGUAAUUAGAAAUGCACCACAUGUGCUACAGUAAAGAAAAGUAAUUCACAAAAAAGCAAUACAACAAAGUAUAUAUCUCUGUUUCCAUUAAUACUUUUUUUUAACAGUAUGCAUUUUACAAAUUGUGGCAUUGGACUAUUCCCUUACCCAAGAGUGUCUGGGUAAGCACAAAUGGAUGUAUUCUCUAAAGAUCUUGAAAACCAUACACUUAUAGAUCAAAACCCCAAUUCUGAAAAAGUUGGGACAGUAUGAAAAAUGCUAAUAAAAACAAAAAGGAGUGAUUUGUAAAUUAUGUUCACCAUUUGCUAUCUUGAAAGCACUACAACUAAACAUUAUAUGAUGAUUUACCUUGUACAUUUCAUUGUUUUUUUUUAAAUGUACAGUCAUUUCAAAUCAGAUGAUUGCAACACACUCCAAAAAUGUUGGGACAGUUGAGUGUUUACCACUGUGAAACAUCACCAUUUCUUCUAAUAACACUUAAUAAGCAUUUAGGCACUGAUGAAGUUUGUUAAAUUUAAAAAGUGGAAUUUCCCCCAUUCAUCCAUUAUACAUGUCUUCAGCUGCACAAUUGUACGGGGUCUUCGUUGCCAUAUUGUGCACUUCAUAAUGCACUACACAUUCUUAAUUGGAGAUGGUCAGGACUGCAGGCAGGCCAAUCUAGCACCCGCACUCUCUGCUUAUUCUGCCAAUGUGUUGUUUGAAGUUUUCCUGCUGAAAAUUCCGGGACGUCCAUGGAAAAAAUGGUGCUGGAUGGCAGUAUAUGCUGCUCCAAAAUUUUUACAUAUCUGUCUGCAUUAAUGGUGCCCUCACAGAUGUGCGAGUUACCCAUCCAAUGGGCAUUGACACACCCCUGGCCCAUACAGACACUGGCUUUUGGACCUGAUGCUGAUAACAGCUUGGAUAGUCCUUUUCCUCUUUGGCAGGGAGAACACAACGGCUGUGUUUUUCAAAAAUUUGAAAUGUGGACUCAUCGGACCAAAAAACACGGUUCAACUGUCUACUUUCCAUCUAAGAUGAGACCAAGACCAGAGAAGUUGGCAGCGCUUCUGGACAGUGUUGAUGUAGGGCUUCUGCUUUGCAAAGUAAAGUCUUAACUUAAAUCUGUGGAUGCAUCGGUGAAUGGAAUUGACUAACAAAGGUUUACUAAAGUAAUCCCAAAUCCAUGUUCAUGAUAUCCAUUACAGAUGAAUGAUGUUUUUUAAGACAGUGAUGUCUUAGGGAUCAGAGAUCGCAUGCAUUCAGAAGUGGCUUUCAUCUUGCCCUUUAUGCACCAAGAUUUGACCAUAUUCUUUGAAUCUUUUAAAUAUAUAGUGCACUGUAAAGGGUGAAAUGGCAAAAAUCCUUCCAAUUUGUCUUUGGGGAACAUUGUUCUCAAAGUGCUGGAUUAUUUGCUGAAGCAUCUUUUGGCAAAUUGACAAGUCUCGAAUGAUCCUUGCUCCCAAUUUGGAAUGCCCAAUUCUCAAAGUGCUUUUUAAGUCUUCGUGGUCACGUAGUGAUUCGCAUCAGUCCGGGUGGCGGAGGACAAAUCCCAGUUGCCUCCGCGUCUGAGAUCGUCAACCCACGCAUCUUAUCACGUGGCUUGUUGAGCGCGUUGCCACGGAGACAGCGCGUGUGGAGGCUUCACGCCACCCACGCUCAACUCACCACACGCCCCACCGAGAACGAACCACAUUAUAGUGAUCAUGAGGAGGUUACCCCAUGUGACUCUACCCUCCCUAGCACUGGGCCAAUUUGGUUGCUUAGGAGACCUGGCUGGAGUCACUCAGCACGCCCUGGGAUUCGAACUAGCGAACACCAGGGGUGGUAGCCAGCGUCUUUACCACUGAGCUACCCAGGCCCCCCAUGAUCCUUGCUCUUAAAGGACUAGGCUGUUUUUGGAGGCUCCUUAUACACUUAUCAGCCACAACAUUAAAACCACCUGCCUAAUAUUGUUUAGGUCCCCCUCGUGCCGGCAAAACAGCACCAACCUGCAUCUCAGAAUAGCAUUUUGAGAUGCUGUUCUUCUCACCACAAUUGUACAGAGCGGUUAUCUGAGUUGCCGUAGACUUUGUCAGUUCAAACCAGUCUGGCCAUUCUCUGUUGAACUCUCUCAUCAACAAGGCAUUUCUGUCCACGGAACUGCCGCUCACUGGAUGUUUUUUGUUUUUGGCACCAUUAGGAGUAAAUUCUAGAGACUGUUGUGUGUGGAAAUCCCAGGAGAUCAGCAGUUAUAGAAAUACUCAAACCAGCCCGUCUCAAACCAGCCCAUCUCCUGUUUCACAUUGCCUUGUUUUUUUAACUUGUCAAAUUGUUAUGUCUUAAAUUGCCCAUCCCAACUUUUUUGGAGCGUGUUGUAAUCAUCUGAUUUGAAAUUACUGUACAUAAAAAAACAAAGAAAUUCACAUAAUAUAAU